CCUAGGUACUCGGACUUGGUUUUCUCGCAAAUUCAUUCAAGCAACCUUCGAGGUCUUUCUCUUGCCAGUGCUCUCUAUUCGCAAGUUUAGCCUUCUCAAAAACAUUAAUUCAUUGUCUUUCAAUCAUGGUUUUCAAGAAAACUUUGGUUAUUUUCUUCUUGACUACGGCUCUUUGUGGAUUCUCCAUGGCUGCUCGUCUUUACCAGGUUGGUGGUUCUGCUGGUUGGACAAGCAUGGGGGACAAUGAUUACCAAGAUUGGGCAGCCAACAAGAAGUUUCAUGUCGGUGAUACUCUUGUUUUCCACCACGACUAUCGAUUCCACGAUGUGAAGCAAGUGACUCGCCAAGAUUUCAAGUCAUGCAAUGUAGCAUCUCCAAUAGCUAGUUACUACAAUCACCACGGCUAUGAUUCACUGACUCUUAAUAGACUUGGCCACUUCUACUUCAUAUCUGCUUUCCCUGAUCACUGCCAAGCUGGACAAAAGAUUGAUAUCUUGGUCACACCAGAAACUUCAAGUCCGACUCCUCCGCCAUUGAGCUCACCUAUCAGUGCUGCAUCAGCAACGUCCAGUGCUCCAUCUCUUCAUCUAUCUUGGACUCUGAGCGUGCUUGCGUUCUGUCUCUUAGGAUUUGCUUGUUAGCAGUUUGAUCUCGGCGUCAAAUGGAAAAAUUGGCAGAUAUUAAUGUCCCG